UAGUCUGUGGAUUUUACAAUUCACAUAUUUUGUGUAAUUUUGUGAUUUCAUGUACAUUAUACAUAAUUUUAGGAGAAUCUAACUCUUGAGAGACAAUAUAAUGCGAUGGUUGACUGUGAUAACUAUUAUAUUGCACUAAUAAGAUCUGUAUUUGUGUAUAAUAACAUUAUAAAUUAAUAUUUCAUUGAAGUGUUGCAAGUGACAAGUGAUUGGUUUGGAACGCUUUCUCGACAGUAUUUCGUUGCAAAGAUAUUUUGUUUACUUAAAAUUCUCAAAUAUAUAUAUAUUUGAUAUGCCACGUUAAAAAAAGUGUCAAACAUGGCUAGUCCUUCGCCUCAGAACAGCCCAAUGCCUCCACCCCAGGCCCCUAGUCCUAUGGGGCCGCCGACGCAAAGCCCGGCUCCGCCGCAUUCACCUCAUAGUCCAUACAGUCAGCAACAUGUGAAUGGUCCACCUCCGUCUCAUCCGUCUGGAUCAAGCCAACCACCUAUUUCAAAUCACAUGCCAGUAUCUGGUCCGCCCCAUAACAUCGCGCCAAAUGGGAAUGGUCCGCCGGGGGUUCCACAACAUCCGAAUAUACCUCCAAGCAGUCAUCAAAUGCCUUCUCACAUGGUUGGCCCUCACAUGUCAGGACCACCCGGUCACCCUAUUAGUGCUACCGGGGCUGGCCCUAACGGACAUCCAAAUAUGCCUGGCCAAGCUCCACCACAUGGAUAUAUGCAACAUCAAAUUGGUCAUAUGCCACCAAAUCAGGCUGCAUUGGGUAUGCCCGGAGGUCCGCCUCCGCCAGGUCAACCACAGGGACCCCCGCCGCCAGGCAUGUCUAUGCCUCGAGGAGGCCCACCACCACACAAUCAUCCUCAAGGCAUGCCACCAAUGCCUCCACAUCAUAACAUGAUGGGAGGAUAUCAUCCAGCAUCAUCUCCAGGAGCUUCAACACCACCCGCAUCUGCUGCCGCAGCGCCUCCGGGCCAACAGCAGCCACCUCCAUCUCAAACUCCUCCACAUGGUUCAAUUCCGCCGACCUCAGCAGCAAACGGUGCACCUUCUUCAUCGCCAAUGCAAGGAUCUCUAGCAUCUGGGCCAGAUAAUUUGAACGCGCUUCAGCGGACAAUUGAUUCCAUGGAAGAGAAAGGCAUGCAGGAUGAUCCCAGAUAUUCGCAGUUGUUAGCGAUUCGAGCAAGAAACAGUCCACACUUUUCAAAUGCUCAAUUGAAUCAGUUGAAAGCCCAGAUUGCAGCCUACCGUAAUCUAGCCCGCAAUCAGCCAAUAACACAACAGAUAGCGUUAAUGGCCACUGGGAAGCGUAGUGGAGAUUCGCCCCCGGAAUGUCCUACUCCUCCCGCCCAGCCACCGUCACCUUACGGUGGGAACUCGGGCUCUGGUCCAGCGGGGACUGCAGGCGCUGGGUAUGCGGGAACUGCGGAUCCAGCACGCGGUGGCGGUGGUGCUCCGCCAACGCCUCUUCCAAUGACAGGUCAAAUGGCCCCGCCCACGCAACCGACGCCGCCACUUGUUAAUCCCCCUGUCGGUGGUGCCCCACCAGUGAGGGGUACAGCCCCCGUUCGUCCGAAUGCCCCCGGAGCUCCAGGUUCUCAGCCAGCGCAAGCGGGGGCACCCACCCCUGGGGCGAAACAAAACCGGAUUACAAGCAUUCCUAAACCGGCGGGUAUAGACCCACUCAUGGUCCUGAAUGAGAGAGAGAAUAGAAUCGCAUCGCGUAUAUCUCACCGUAUGGAAAUGUUAUCAAACCUGCCGGCAAACAUUCCUGAUGACUUGAGACUGCAAGCGCAGAUUGAACUCAGAGCACUACGACUUCUUAAUUUCCAAAAACAAUUACGAUCUGAGAUAUUAGGCCAAGUUCGUCGCGAUACUACUCUAGAGACUGCAGUUAAUAUAAAAGCGUACAAACGAACGAAACGCCAAGGUCUUCGCGAAGCUCGUGCUACGGAAAAAUUGGAGAAACAGCAGAAACUCGAAGCGGAAAGGAAACGUCGGCAAAAGCAUCAGGAGUUCUUGCAAACUGUGCUACAACAUGCAAAGGACUUCAAGGAGUAUCACAGAAACAACGUCGCGAAACUAUCGCGUAUCAACAAGGGUAUAAUGAACUAUCACGCGAACGCUGAGCGAGAACAAAAGAAGGAGCAAGAACGGAUUGAGAAAGAACGUAUGCGACGUCUUAUGGCAGAAGAUGAAGAAGGUUACAGAAAACUUAUUGACCAGAAGAAAGAUAAGAGAUUGGCGUUCCUUCUAUCUCAAACUGAUGAGUAUAUUGCUAGCCUCACCGAGAUGGUGAAACAGCAUAAGCAAGAGCAAAGAAAGAAACAACAAGAAGAAGAACGAAGGAAACGGAAAUCGCGAAAGAAGAAGGUUCUAGAGGGAGGUGAGAUCGAUGCGCUUGAUGAUAGUUCGCAGACAUCUGAUUCGCGGGUGGCCGUCAUGGAUCCCAAAUCGGGAGAGACUUUGAGGGGCGAAGAAGCUCCAUUACUAUCGCAGCUGAAGGAUUGGAUGGAAUCUCAUCCAGGAUGGGAAGUGAUGUCUGAUUCAGACGAUUCUGGAGAUGAUAGUCAGGAUGAUGAACAUGGUAGGCGGAGAGGGCACAGGGACGAGAGGACUGACAAAGAGAAGAGUGAUGAGGAUAAAGCCCGAGAGAUGAUCAAGAAGGCCAAGGUGGAGGAUGACGAAUACAAGACAGAAGAACAGACAUAUUACAGCAUCGCCCACACUGUGCACGAGUCUGUAACGGAGCAAGCCAGCAUAUUGGUGAAUGGAAAUCUUAAGGAGUAUCAAAUUAAGGGUCUCGAAUGGUUGGUGUCACUAUUUAAUAACAACUUGAAUGGUAUUUUGGCUGAUGAGAUGGGUCUUGGGAAAACCAUUCAAACUAUAGCAUUGGUCACAUACCUUAUGGAGAAGAAGAAAGUCAACGGGCCAUUCCUUAUUAUUGUGCCCCUCAGUACACUAUCCAACUGGGUGCUAGAAUUUGAAAAAUGGGCGCCGACUGUACUAGUUGUGUCAUACAAGGGUUCGCCGCAAUCCCGUCGUCUCGUACAGACACAGAUGCGUUCGACCAAGUUCAACGUACUGCUCACUACGUACGAAUACGUUAUUAAGGACAAGGGUGUACUCGCUAAGGUACAAUGGAAGUACAUGAUCAUUGACGAAGGUCAUCGUAUGAAGAACCACCACUGCAAAUUGACCCAAGUGCUUAACACACACUACGUGGCACCUCAUCGGUUGUUGCUAACAGGAACGCCAUUGCAAAAUAAGUUGCCGGAACUAUGGGCGCUCUUGAACUUCCUUUUGCCCUCGAUCUUUAAGAGUUGCUCGACUUUUGAGCAAUGGUUCAACGCCCCGUUCGCUACUACUGGGGAAAAGGUUGAACUGAACGAAGAAGAAACCAUUCUUAUUAUCCGUCGUUUGCAUAAAGUAUUACGUCCGUUCUUAUUACGGCGUCUCAAGAAGGAAGUGGAGAGCCAAUUGCCUGAUAAGGUGGAAUAUAUCGUUAAAUGUGAUAUGAGUGGUCUGCAACGUGUAUUGUAUAAGCACAUGCAGUCGAAGGGUGUUCUUUUAACCGACGGCUCUGAAAAGGGUAACAAGGGCAAAGGUGGGGCUAAGGCACUAAUGAACACAAUCGUACAAUUGCGUAAAUUGUGUAACCAUCCCUUCAUGUUCCCGCAUAUCGAGGAAAAGUUUUGUGACCACGUAGGAGGCGGUGGUGGGAUUGUUUCUGGACCGGAUCUAUACCGUGUCUCUGGUAAGUUUGAGCUGUUAGACCGUAUCUUGCCGAAGUUGAAGGCGUCGGGACACAGAGUUCUAGUCUUUUGUCAGAUGACACAAUGUAUGACCAUUAUUGAGGACUACUUAUCAUGGAGAGGAUUUCUUUAUUUAAGACUUGACGGUAUGACAAAAGCCGAGGAUCGAGGAGAAUUAUUGAAGAAGUUCAACGAUGUGGAUUCUGAAUAUUUUAUGUUUUUACUUUCUACGCGUGCUGGUGGUUUGGGACUUAACUUGCAAAGUGCUGACACUGUCAUUAUAUUCGAUUCUGACUGGAAUCCGCAUCAGGAUUUACAAGCUCAAGAUCGUGCGCAUCGUAUCGGUCAACGUAACGAGGUGAGAGUGCUGCGACUGAUGACUGUCAACUCUGUGGAGGAGAGAAUCUUGGCAGCUGCUAGAUACAAACUGAAUAUGGAUGAGAAAGUAAUUCAAGCCGGUAUGUUCGACCAAAAGUCAACUGGUUCUGAGCGGCAGCAAUUCUUGCAGAGUAUUCUUCAUCAGGAUGGUGACGAUGAGGAGGAAGAGAAUGAACUACCAGACGAUGACUUGAUAAACGAAAUGAUUGCUCGCUCUGAAGACGAGUUGGAGAUGUUUAGACAAAUUGACAUAGAACGGAAGAAAGUCGAAACUCAGUCGCGGCUCAUAGAAGAGUCCGAACUACCGGACUGGCUGGUCAAGAAUGAUGAUGAAGUCGUUUGUAAUAAGGGUCAGGGUUGGAAUUAUUUGGAUGAAGACGAAACUCUUGGUCGAGGCUCCCGUCAACGCAAAGAAGUGGAUUAUUCAGACUCUCUUACUGAAAAGGAGUGGCUGAAAGCAAUUGAUGAAGAAUUCGAAGAGGACGAAGAAGAAGAUGAUGACGAUGAAGUUCUUGAUAAGAAGAAAAGGAAGGGACGAAAAAGGCGUCGCAACCAAGAAGAAUCUGACGAAGAAGAGGCUCCCAGUUCAACAAAGAAAAAGAGUAAAACUGAAAUUAAUCAACUCAAAAAAAGAUUGAAGAAUAUUAUGAAGAAAGUCAUUGAUCACACAGACGAAGCCGGGCGGGUUUUAUCAGAGCCGUUCAUGAAACUACCCUCGCGUAGAGAGCUGCCGCACUACUAUGAAGUUAUUAAGAAACCGCUUGAUAUAAGAAAAAUCAACAAUAGGAUAGAGGAUGGAAAGUACAAUGACAUAUCGGAUCUAGAACGAGAUUUCUUCACUCUGUGCGCAAACGCACAAACAUACAACGAAGAAGUAUCUCUCAUUUACGCGGAUUCUGUUCGCCUGCGUAACGUCUUUAUAGAAAUACGAAGGAGAUAUGAAAAUGCUCAGAAUUCGGAUGAUUCAGAUGAUAAUGAAAAAGAUGAAGAAGACUCUGAUGGGGACUCAAACCGUUCGGUGAAGAUGAAGAUUAAAAUCGGUAGAGGAAAAGGCAAGAACACUCCGCGAAAACGCAAACAACGUAAAUAUAUAUCUGACGAUGACGAUUAUGAGAUGGAUUAAUUGUAAGAAUACAUUUUACUAAUGACCCUAUUUUUAAUAGCAGGACUAUGAAUUGUUAGUGUAAGACCUAUGUAGUAAUUUAGAAUAAUUAUUAACCUAUUUAGUACUAAUUUGUGUUUUCAACAUAGACUGGGAUUUUACUUAUAUUGUCUCUUAGUUCCAUUUAUUAUCUGUGGGCUAUUUGCUUAGUCUAUGUAUAGUCGCAAAGUUUUUAUAAUUCCAAUAAGUAGAUGCCAGCAGUUAAUUUGUUAUUGGUGGUAGGAAGUUGUCGUAAAUAUCGCACUAUUCAUAAUUUGUGAUUUUGUAAGUGUUUCACUAUAGACAUUAUAAUAUUUAGUAUAAAAGAUAAAUUGAUAUUGACGUACCGCUACUAAAUAAAUCCCUCAGUUUGUACACAAGAUCUUUAUAUUUAAUUCACUGCAUAUCUAGCUGUAAGAAUACAACCUCUCAUGAAAGUAACAUUAACUUAAUGUUUUAUUUCCUCUGACAUUUUUUCUAUAUAUUAAUUCAAUGAAAUUCAAUAUUUUACACAUUGACAACUUUGGUGUAAGCGAUUAUAUUUGUAAUUGAUUAUUGACUGUAUUUAGACAUAAUGAACCAAUUUUGGAAUCACAUUCAAAUAAAAAAAGUAACAUA